UGCCAGUUUGCUGAGUUUCUCGGAAGAGGAAAUAGAAGGAGAACGAUUAGUAAAGAAGAAGUUUAAGAGAAGGAGAUGAGAGAAUAGAAUCUCUUUAACGUUGUGAUUCUUAGAAUAAGAAAUGUAGAGAAAGAGAGGGAGAGAGAGAGAAAGAGAGAGAGAGAGAGAGAGAGAGAAAGAGAGAGAGAGAGAGAGAGAGAGAGAACGUAUAAUCUUUCGAUGGUGACCAAAGAACUCGAUGGCCACGUCAGAGAACGAAAGAACGAACGAACGACGAAUUAACAUGCGAGUUGUGAAGGCCAAUGACAUCGAGUGACACCAUCGUUCCAGCGACCUCAACAUUUUCUUCCCCUCCAUCCGAUAUUCUCUUGCUUAAGAUUCAUAUCGUUUGCCAUAGUCAUAAGCCCUCCUCUUCGAUCUGGUGGGAGGAAGACGAUCCAUCCUUGGUGGAGUAUAUAAGAACGCUUGAUUCGACCUGAAUCUGUACAGAGCAAUUAUCGCCAUCGUUUCGCGAUACAUCAUCUCUCGUCAUCUAGUGUUCGAAAACGUUGCUCCUGCAGGACUCAACUUCGCGAGGAACCUAAGGGAUUAACAAGGAUCCAGCUGGCAGCGACAUGAGACCGCAGCUCGUCGUGACGUUGCUUGCCUUAGCAAGUGUGUGUUACGCAGCACGUUUGGAGAACACGUAUCUUCCGCCCGGUAGCGCAGGAACUGCAGGUGGAGCAGGAUUUAUCAAGGCGCCAAACAGGGGCGGUGGUAGUCCUGGUAGUCCUGGUAGACCAGGUAGUUUUACUGGCAGAGGUGAUGGUAGUUACCAACUUGGAAGUAGUAGUGGAGUUAGACCAGGUGAUGGAGUCAGACCAGGAGGUGGAGCAGAUAUACCGAUCAUUUCGUUCAAUAACGAAAACAGCGGAGAUGGCAAUUAUCAGUUCAGUUAUGAAACAGGAAAUGGUAUUAGUGCGCAGGAAACGGGUCAGUUGCAAGGAGAAUCUGAAGCAGUAAGUGGCUCGUUUUCUUACACUGGGCCUGAUGGUGUCCAAUAUUCGAUCACUUACACUGCCGACGAAGAAGGCUUCCAUCCACAGGGUGCCCAUCUUCCAACACCUCCUCCUAUUCCACCGGAAAUUCAGCGAGGUGUUGAACUUUCACUUGCAGCUGAAGCAAGAGGAGAAAAUCAGGAUGGUGGUGGCUACGGUGAUGGAAAUCAUGGAGGAAGAGGAGGUGGUAAUCGUGGUGGUUCUUAUCAAGGUCCGAAUUCUUAUCAAACAAGCUCAGGUGUUGGUACUGGUGGGUAUCAAUACUGAACAUCACGUUCGUAAAAAUACGACGAUAACGACGAAAUGAUGUCCGCUAAUAUACUCGUUUUAUUGCAACGAUUGCAUUCUUAAGCGGAUCUAUGUAUAUAAAAUUUAUCGUUCAUGGUAGUAGACAUACAAUCCUUAAUUUUUUUUUCUAUUUUUUUUAUUUAUACAGAAUCUCUAUUUUUCUAUAACAUUCUUAGUAUUAUACAAUUGCUUUGUUCGAAAACCAUAGUGAAUCAGAUACACUAUAUAAUUUGCAUUUCUUUAUUUUUUUUUACGAAUUCGUGAACUUUACUAUAAUAAUCGUAAACUGUUUUAUAAAGAUACACACACACACACAUACACACACACAUAUCUUAAUGUUAUAAUUUCUGGAAUCAUUACAGCUACAUCUAUAUUAUUGAUAAAUCAUUACUGUAAAACACUAUAUCAUACUGGUAUAUAUCAUUCUGGUAUAUAAGAUUUUUGAUCAAAUGUUAAUGAAUCUUUGUUUAAGAUUAAACAAAUAUAUAUA